GCAAUGCGCAGGCUCCGUGGAAGAGGAAAGGACGGCUGCUUCUUAAUGAUCAGUGAACAACACUGAGCCUCGUCUGACUUAGAUGAGACGCCGCUGAUCUGGAGCAGGGUACCCAGUGCAGCCAUCACGACUGGGAACGUUUGUCUUUUUGUGAGUGUGAUGGGAAUGACUUUGUCUACAUUGUGAUCAAGAUUAGCUGAUGCUGGUUUCACUCUGAUCGGAGGAAUAGGAGGGGCGCUUUCUACCCAGAUACACAAGGAGAGAUUUUUCUGCAGGCUUGUUCCAGCAUUGACCUCCACGUGACCGUGUGAUCUAGAGGGCAUCAGAAUGGAGGCCCCUCUGGUGUGCCUGGAUGAGGAGUUUGAGGAUCUACGGCCCUGCAAGAUGGAGGAGCUUGAUACAGAGUCUCCCUACAGGCCGCACAAAACCGUUCCUCUUGCCCCGCUGUGCCGUGAGGACUUCUCAGAGCUGGAGAACUUCUCUGAGAUGAUGAGCUUCAAGUCCAUGGAGGAUCUGGUCAAUGAAUUCGACGAGAAGCUGAACGUGUGCUUCCACAACUACAACACCAAGACAGAGGGUCUUGCACCUGUGCGUAACCAAUCACAUGCUGAGGAGGAUGAGGAACGGCUUCAAGAUGAAGAUGUGUGGGAUGCUUUGACUGACAACUACAUGCCCUCCUCUGUGUCCAGCUGGGACGACCCCAACUCAGAAACACUGAAUGGCAACUACUCAGAUCACGAGAUUCACGAGAAAGAAGAGGACGAGAUGAAUGAGAAGAAUGAAAAUGCCAACUGUUUGUCAGAUGAGCCUCUUAUAACAGCUGAUCAGGUUAUCGAGGAGAUCGCUGAGAUGAUGGAAAAUUCUCCAGAUCCUGUAGAGACUGAGGAAGAGGAGGAAGAUGACACUGGGAUCUCCUCCUCUAAAAGCAGCCCCUCCCUUCUGGAAGAGAUCCACAUGCUGUCUCAGGCGUCCAACAACAACUGCUCUUAUGAAGGUCUGGGGCUGAUGCCGAGCUCGGCGCUGCUCGACAUCUUGUGUCGGAUGGAGAAGGCGAUCCGAGAGUAUUCGGAGGACCUGGUGGCCCAGCUGGCCCGGCGGGACGAGCUAGAGUUCGAGAAGGAGGUGAAGAACACGUUCAUCACGGCUCUGAUGGAGGUCCAGAACAGACAAAAGGAGCAGAGGGACAUGAGCAAGCGUACCAAACGUAAAGACAAAGCCAUGAGUCUGCAAGGCUCCACUCGCUCCGAGAAAACAGGGACCAUGCCUGUGAAGCGCUUCAGUAUGGAGGGUCUGUCCAACAUCCUACAGACAGGGAUCAGACAAACUUUUGGGAACUCAGGGACAGAACGACAGUAUCUAAACACAGUCAUUCCAUAUGAGAAAAAAGGGACCCCUCCAUCUGUGGAAGACUUGCAAAUGCUCACAAAAAUUCUUUAUGCCAUCAAAGAGGACAGUGACAAGGUCCCAACCCUUUUGACUGACUAUAUAUUGAAAGUUCUGUGUCCUACCUAAAGACUGAGCGUGGUCUGCCAUCGGGGAGAGUGUGGAGAGGGCAGGUAUCUUUGUUCCACCUCUGUCUCCAGACCUUCGGUUGUCCAGCCCAGCUGCAUGAGCUCCCUUACCCAUUAUCAGCGAGGGACCCUGAACAUCUAACCAUCCUUCUCUUGCGUAUCGAAUGACCUUCGGCCCUCGCUCAUCUCACUGCAGUUCCUCCCUUACCUUAUUCACAUAGCCACGAGGUUCACACCACAUCGCCUGGUGCUUUUCAUGUUUUCUACGUAUGCCACUACGGGCCAAAAGCCAUAUAGAGUGUGUGAGGGUAACAGGCAGACUAUAUGAUUGGUUCAAAUCUUUGAUCAGGUAAAUUUUGUUAUUUUUUUUAGACAAGCCUAACAUCAGGCAAUAUUACACAACACUAUCAUUCCCAUCCGUUUGGAAGGCAGGUGAUGAGAAGGGCAUUAUUUCAUCUCUGUAAAGCGUAGGUGCAUUGAUUUAAGAGCACAUUUGAAAAUAAUCUAUCCUGCUUUUUGCUGUUUCAGUAUUGUGGCUUCAUUUCAGCCAAGUUGUUUGAAAAUACAGCAUGUUUCGUGUUCUACAUUAAUGCCAAGUUAUAGGGAAAAACCUUGUGACUUAUCUCAUUUUGAUUUUUCAUCCUGUGUAUGUUAUGUACAGUUCUACAUUUAUUUGACAAUGUACUAUUUGUUUUUAUAGAACUUUUUUUUUGACAACAUUAACUGUCAUUCAUGCUUUGUGCUUACAUCUUUAAUGUAUAUAUUUCUUAUUUACUAAGGGACAUGGAGGAAUGUGAAGUAUUGCUGAGUUAUAGAUCCAAUAAAUGUCAAAAAUUGUCAAAAGUC